CACACAGGAAAUACUACUUCAGAACGACAAGACAAGGCGAUUCGAAUCAAGCCAAUAACGAUGUCCCUAAAUUUGGCAGCUGCGAAACGCCUUCGAAAGGAGCUCCAAAACUUGAAGAGGACGAAGGARCCAGAUCCCGACAUUUAUCUGAUCCCCGACGGUAAGAACKCUUUKGUUCURUGAGAUUCCAGUUUGUCGAAUCUCGGAUUGAUAUCCUGUACUUCAUCUUCCUCUGGGGUGCGAAAGCAACGAAAUGGCCUGUUUCUUCUAUUUAAAUCACAAUUCUUUGACGCCAAUGCCAUUUAUUUCUAAACGGUCUCAUUUCACGGUCUCAAUGAAUACAACAGGAAACAAUAUUCUUCAGUGGACGGCGCUCCUUCGUGGUCCCAGCGAUACCCCCUACUCYGGAGGUGUCUUCCAGCUCGCGAUCGAUUGCGGAGCCGAUUAUCCCCUUGCCCCUCCUUCCAUAACGUUUGUCACGAGGGUGUUUCACCCCAAUGUUCACUUUCGCACCGGAGACGUUUGUCUCGAUAUAUUGAAGAAGGAGUGGAGUCCGGCGUGGGGCGUCCAAGCGGCUUGUCGCGCCAUUCUCGCACUGCUGUCGGACCCCGAUGCCGACAGUCCGUUGAACUGUGACGCCGGAAAUAUGAUCCGCGGGGGUGACAUGCUAGCCUACAACACAACAGCUCGCAUGUUCACGGUAGAGAAUGCCAUGUUUCUAGCUUGGCCGAGCACAGCGACAACAACGGACAAGGAAGGCUAGUCGCGCUGCGAAAACCGAUAAGCAGUCAACGAGCAAAUAUUCGCGAAUGUUUGGUUUGUUCGUUCGGAACUAUUGGCUUUUGUUCGGAGAGUAAUUGGUAGGCAACUUUGUGAGUGUUGAACAAACCAAAGACUUUGGA